AUGUUGUGGAAACUAUUUAAGGCCAAUCUUCUACAUCUAGUGAAAUUUUGCAAUCAGUAUGUGAAAGAUCCAUCGACAUGUGCACCUCUACUCAUUACAAUAAAAAAAUUGAUGUCUAAUUUAUCACUGAUCUUUACCAAUAUUAACGAGUUGGGAAAUGCAGAAACUACUGGUAAUGCGGUGACCCAUUGGAACAAUCCCAUAGAUACAUUAGUUUUGAUGCUUUCCCAUGAAGAACAAUUUGCAUCUGAAAAUUGGCAGGAUACUUUGCAAACUGAUGAACUGAUCCAUCGUCUGAUCAAUUCGCCGGUUCCAUAUAAUGGCUUGAUGCAAUUCAUUAAGACUUCUGAGUUGUGUAAUAAGUUGGUGCUUAUGUUCACUGAAAUUAUCGUGGAAGAUUUGACCAAGCUUCAAUCGAGAAAAGGUUCCAUGAGUAAAACGUACGAAGUUGUUCAUGAGCACUUAUACAUUUCUACUAUGGCUCUAAUUAAUGCUAAUUUAUCUGAAUGGCAAGUUUCUGAAGAUAUUCUUUACAAUUGUAUUGGAGCGUGGAUCAAUUAUAUAUCUAUGGCAAGGAACGUUUCCCCCCAUGGACGUAUGGAUUUGAGUGAAAUGUUUGAUAACAUGAUCAAUAGGAUGUGCCAAUCUAGUGAAGCUACAGAUGACUUUUAUCAAGCAGAAAAAAUUUUGAGCAUCCUUGCCAAUGUAUUUGCUAAUGAUCCUAUUAUUAUGGGCCAUCCUCAACGUGAACAACUUGAAGUUAUCUUUUUAGGUGUUUCGAGAACUGGAAAUGCCGAUUCCUCAAAAAACGAAUGGAUGUUACAAUAUAUGAACCAUUUAGUUACUAAUGAAAUGACUGAUGAUUUAAAAGAACUCGCUGUUUGUGUUGUAGAUUUUCUACAAGUUAACACUUUGGAUAUGUGCAAUAAACUAUUCACGGUGAUCUCAUCCUCACAAGUAAAUGGUGAAAAUUUACAACAAUAUGUCAAGGUACUUUUACAACUGACGAAUUUCCCAUUGGUACCAGUUUUACAGGAAUUUUUCUCCGUCAGAAUGGUUGAUUUUUGGUUGGAUUUAGCAGACUGUUAUUCCAAUACAAUUACGGAAACUUACACAGAACAGGCUCCACAAUUAGCCACGGAGAUUUUUCAACAGGUUGUCAAUAUAUACUUGCCCAAAAUUAGUUUACUGAAUAAACAGAAAGCUAUGGAAGCAGAAAGUGAUGAUACUGCAACGCACGAAUUUGAUGAUUUUAGAUCAGCCAUUGCGGAUCUAAUGGAAUCUUUAUGGUCCAUAUUAGGCAAUGAUAAAUUGACCAAUAUUCUGAUCACAGGAGUAGGUGAAAACACACUUUCUGCUGGGGGCGCGGGUAAUGUUGAUAUUUUUGAGAUUGAAGCGAUGUCUUUUCUACUCAAUACACUUUUAACCGAUAUGAAUUUAAGUGAAAGUCCUUGGAUCUGCGAUAUACUUGAUUCCUGUGAAUUUUUCAUUAGAAAUAUCCUCAUGUUGUUCCAGGUUGGAUGUGAGAGUCCUGCUGACUCCGUCGUAGCCAGAACGUUGAAACUGGACUUUGUUAGGACUGGUUCUUCAUUGAUAGGUACCAUGGCAGGUUAUUUCCAACAGUCGCCAUCUCAAUUGAGUACAUGCGUGGAUGCUCUUUUUCAAGGCUUGGAAAAAUGCACAGUUUCAGCUUCACCCGCCGAUAGUCAAUUAAAUGAUAAGAUGGAAGUAAUGAUUAUUAAGACAAUUUCUAUUUUGUGUGAUACUUGUCGUCACGAAUUGUCAUCAUAUUUGAUGCAGUUUAUUAAUGUGUUUAACACAAUAAUGAGACCAGAAUCCAACGUGUCUACUUUUACCAGAGAAAAAUUGACUAGAUCGAUGGGGUUUAUCAUUGAAUCACAAGUAGAAAAUGGACCUGAGAAGCAAGCUAAUUGCAUGUUGGAAGUGCUUAACACUAUAGAGAAUUAUAUUCAACAGGCAUUAAGUAUCCCUGAACCACCUUCGGAACAACAAAGAAGCUAUUUGCACUGCAUGCUGUCAUGUAUUUCAGAAUUGGGUACCGCUAUGAUUCAUUCAUCAGAUGUGGAAAAUGAGGCAUUUGUGCAAAGAAUCGCAGAAUUUCAAAACUAUUGGCAAUCAGAUCCGUUACAAAUUUCUUAUAAAGUGUUAAAUUUACUUCAAUUGGUUUUAUCAAAUCCUGCGUACGCUAAGGAUAUGGCAUUUGUGGAAGUUUCUUGUCUCAUCUUGGGUAAAGCACUGGGUUUACCCAACGAAGAUCCACAUUUUCUCAAAUAUUCUAUGAGCGACAUUAUGGAAUUCUUACUCAAGCAUAUUUCUACUACGGAAGUAGCAUUAGCGUUACCUUAUUACGUCUACCUUUUGGAAAAAUUGAUUAAACAUUAUAAAGAUCAGUUGUCAUCACAGGAUUUCGAUUUCUUGUUUGAGAAUUUCUUCUUCAAAUAUUAUCAAUCUGCCAUUUUACACGAUCCUGAUCUGUUACAAACUACAAUUAAUUUUGUCAAUAGCGUUUUGGACUCUAAACCUGGUUUAGUAGUACAUGGAACGUAUUGGACAUCCUUCUUAUUACCAGAGUUUGUCAAAUAUCUUUCUGCUAAGGAAAGGUUCACCAUUGUUGCAGUUACCAAAUUCUGGUGUAAAGUUAUUAAUAACAAAAAGUAUACCCGUGAAGACAUUGAAUUAACACAUCAUCAAUUCGUAUCAAUGGGUCAGGACAUUGUUUAUCAAGCAAUGUUUGGGUUAUUUCAUAGUCAAAGAUCAGACUUAAACAGUUAUACGGAUCUUUUGAGGACGAUAAUGGCAAAAUUACCACUACAAACUCCGAAAUGGCUCGUCACCGCUCUGCCAGCAAUUUCUAACAAUAAUGCAGCUCAUGAGAAAUUCGUCAGUAAAUUGUCAGUCACUAGGGGUAGUAGAGCUGCCAACAACGUAAUUCUUGAGUGGUGGCUGUCAUGCAAUGCUCUACCUAGCCUCUAG